AUGGGUAUAAAACUGCCUAGACAUGAGUCGUCUGUACUAAAUCGUCUUCGAACAGGCCAUGGACGUUGUGCUGAUAUGAUGUUGAAAUGGCGACUCCGAGGCAGCCCAGCAUGCGAUUGCGGCAACUAUGGACAAACCAUAAACCACAUUAUAAAGGAAUGUCAAUUAAGAAAAUUCAACCAGGGAAUCGAAGCAAUCCACGUGAUAACAAUGGAAGCAGUAAAGAGGAUAAGCUAA